CUAACCGCAACUUAACGCUUAACCUGAGGAAGCGUCUGCGAGAGCUCGCUGGAUACUUUGGCGAGAAGAAAGAUGCCUAAACCCAUAAGGAAUCCAGAAAUCAAGUUCAAAAAGCUUUUUAUCAAUAAUGAGUAUGUGGACUCAGUCAGUGGGAAAACCUUUCUGACUCUCAAUCCAGUGACAGAGGAAAAGAUAUGUGAGGUGGCUGAGGGUGACAAAGCUGAUAUUGAUAAAGCAGUCAAAGCUGCCACUGAAGCUUUUAAAUUGGGCAGUCCCUGGAGGACCAUGGAUGCUUCAAAGAGAGGCCAACUCUUAUACAAAAUGGCAGACCUCAUUGAGAGAGACUUGGACUAUCUUGCUUCCCUGGAGACAAUUGACAGUGGAAAAUUAUUUGCCGAUUCAGUAGAUGACAUGGAAUUUACUGUAAAAUGCUUCAGAUACUAUGCUGGAUGGGCUGAUAAGAUAACAGGAAAGACUAUAUCUUCUGAUGGUCCUUACUUUGUGUACACCAGACAUGAACCUGUGGGUGUGGUUGGAGCUAUUGUACCAUGGAAUUUCCCUCUUAAUAUAGCAUGUUUAAAGCUUUCUGCAGCUCUGGCUUGUGGCAAUGUUGUAGUAGUUAAACCAGCUGAACAGACUCCCUUAACAGCGCUGUAUGUGGGUUCCUUGUUUAAAGAGGCAGGAUUUCCUCCUGGUGUGGUGAAUAUCAUCUCUGGUUAUGGUCCAACAGCAGGAGCAGCAAUUUCUGAACACAUGGACAUCAACAAAGUUUCAUUCACAGGAUCAACAGAGGUUGGAAGGUUAAUACAAGCAGCUGCUGCAAACUCCAAUUUAAAGCGUGUAACACUGGAACUUGGGGGAAAGAGUCCAAAUAUAGUUUUUGCUGAUACUGAAAAUAUUGAUGUUGCAGUGGAACAGGCACAUUCUGCACUGUUCUUUAACCAAGGACAGUGCUGCAGUGCUGGCAGUCGCACUUUUGUGCAAGACACCAUUUAUGAUGAGUUUGUAAAAAAGAGUGUGGAAAGAGCUCAAAACCGCACAGUUGGUGAUCCUUUUGAUGAUGAAAUCCAACAAGGACCACAGAUUGAUAAAGAACAGUUUGAUAAAAUCCUUGAUCUGAUUGCAAGUGGAAAAAAGGAAGGAGCAAAGCUUGAGUGUGGAGGUGCUCGACAUGGAGACAAAGGAUAUUUUAUACAACCUACAGUCUUCUCAGAUGUUAAAGAUCACAUGAGGAUUGCCAAAGAAGAGAUAUUUGGUCCAGUACAGCAGAUCAUCAAAUUCAGUGAUGUAAAUGAGGUAAUUGAAAGGGCAAACAACACAACCUAUGGCCUGGCUGCUGCUGUAUUUACCAAAGAUAUAGACAAAGCAACAACACUUUCUCACAGCUUACAAGCUGGAACAGUUUGGGUCAACUGUUAUGAUUGUGGGGGGCCUCAAGCCCCCUUUGGAGGAUUCAAGAUGUCUGGCUUUGGCCGAGAAUGGGGUGAAUAUGGUCUCUUACCCUUCUUGGAAGUGAAAACAGUUACCAUGAAGGUCCCUUCAAAGAACUCUUAAAUGAUACAAGGAAAUGUGAAUCCACAGACAACAGAUUGUAGCUUUACAGCCGGUAUGUACUGGCAGUUUGGUUCUUAAGGGUGUUUAAAAAUCUUAGGAAAUUAGGACCUUUGCAAUGUUAAAAUGAAAAUAAUAAAUUAUUUGUAGAAUUUCGUAACAAUGGUGUGAUGUGAUUCCCAGAUGCAUGUUUGGGGCACUGGUAUUACCAAAGUGGCCGGAAAUUGAGCCUAUGUAUCCCCUGAUGAGGAAAAAAUCAUUUGUGUGGAGCAAUGCUUGUUUCCCAGUGCCAGCUAGAUCUUUGCAAAUAAUUGAAAUGCAAGUGUACUUUUAAAACAUUAGUAACCUAUUUUCCCCUCAUAUAAUACAAGUGUUCUUGAUGUACAC